GUUUAGUCGUCCCGGUUUUUGGUCAAUUCAUCAUAUUUGAAUGCGCUCUCGAAGCUAUCCCCAUCCAAGAAACUCCCCUUGUAGGACGUGAAUUUCAAACCUAGGAAAUACAAGUCACUGCCAUCAUUAUGCCAGUGACCCAGUUUGCCGUAGAGGAGAAGUAUGAGUAUUUGGAGGGAUUUGGCUGCUACCAUUCCUCUGAGGCUGUGAAAGGAGCAAAUCCUGUCGCGAUCAAUUCGCCUCAAAAACCACCGCUAGGCCUCAAUACCGAGCGAAUUUCGGGGAGUUCAUUCACCGCCCCCAGAGCGGAAAACCAGCAGACAUGGCUCUAUCGCGUCGUCCCUUCGCUGGACCAUGCCGACUUUGGGACGCAUAGCGUUCCGAACGAGCAGUCUGUGGCAGACAAGCAGCUCAAACUGACUCCGAAUGCCUUCCUAUGGCAAAAUUUCCCGGUUCCCGCGGACGCUGACUUCGUCUCGUCCCAGCAACUGAUUGCGAAGAAUGGCGAUCCGACCACCAAGACCGGAUGUGCCUACUUAGUUUUCUCCGCGACCAAGGACAUGGCCGAGCAUGAGGCGUUCUUCUCAUCGGAUGGUGAUUAUUUGAUCGUUCCCCAAGCCGGCACACUGGACAUCCAGACCGAGCUCGGACGGUUGCUGGUCCGCCAGAACGAAUUCGCCGUAAUUCCACGCGGGAUCCGAUAUCGAGUCACGCUUCCUACUGGCCUCGCCCGGGGACUCAUCGUCGAGCUGUAUCAAGGGCACUUCCAGCUCCCCGAACUCGGCCCAAUCGGAUCAUCGUCCUUGGCCGGUGUACGCGACUUCCAGGUUCCCAAGGCGUACUUCGACGGCAAAAUCGAGAACGGCGUCGCCGUGAUCAACCACCCGGACCAAGAGUGGACCAUUGUCACGAAAUUCGCCGGUACCCUCUUCUCCUGCAAGCAAACUCACACUCCGUUCGAUGUGGUGGGCUGGAACGGCACCUACUAUCCCUAUAAGUUUGACUUUGCCCGGUUCUGCGUCCUCGGCUCGGUCCUAUUUGAUCAUCCCGACCCCUCGAUCUUCACCGUCCUCACCGCGCCGUCGAAUCGCCAAGCCGGAACGGCGGUAAUCGAUUUCGCGGUCAUCCCUCCUCGAUGGUCCGUCAUGGAAGGUACGUACUGGGCACCGUAUUUCCACCGAAAUUGCAUGAGCGAGUUCGCGUUCCCCGUGGUGGGGGACCAGAGCCCAGGGAAUCCGUUGUCGCAGGGAAGAAGAUUUCUGCCUUUCGGUGGGCUGCUCAACAAUCCGAUGGUUCCUCACGGAAUGGAUCCAGCACGGCAUGAAGAGGCCAGGGAGCGAAGCACCGCACCCGAGAAAGUUGAUGAUGGGCCGUUUUUCCUCUGCCUAUUCGAGACGGAGGCGACGAUGGCACUUUCGGAGUACGCUCUGAAGGCGUCGGGAAAGAAGGUAGAAACUGUACCAAAACUGUAAACCGCUUUAUAUGUCAAAUGGGCCAGCUGUCAAACAAUUCGAUAUGGAGAUACCGUAGCUGAAACGUCGCUAUUCAAUCUUGAUAGAGCGCCAAAUUACAUCUGGGCCUUGAACCUCAACGGAUGGUUGGCAUAGACAACCAGAGAAUUGCCCUC